AUGCCAAUCCGCAACCCCUUUGCGCGCCGUCCCGGUGUCAUCGUCACCGCUCAUGAUGAAAACUCACGACCGGGGUCGGCGGCCGGGAGUGUGAAGGAAAGUGUGCUGUCGCCGGGUUUUGAAAGGGUAGAUACUGUUGGGUCAAAGGCAUCGUCGGCGUUCAGCAUUCGCAGCAGCAGGAGGAGCCAGGACACAGGGGAAUACAAGAUGAGCGUGGUCGAUGAUAGUGGAAUUUACCUUCCUCCAUCUCCCACUGAAAAGGAAGCUACCUGGCCACGCCGGUACCUCUCCCGAACCUCCAGCGACAGAAGCAGCCGGGAUGGCUCGGGUGACAUUGAGCACUUCCCUAUCUCGAGGGAAUCAUUCGAUUCUUACCGCCGCUCCUUUGACAUCUCCGCCAGAAGCUACAUUACCGACCCUGCGCCACGCCAAUCCCUCGAUUCCUCCGCCCGCUUCCCCCGCAUGAUGCACACGCGCUCAUCGCUCCUAAGCCGGGAACCACCUACCCCGGAAGAGGGUUUUGAGGAUGUUGGGCUAGGUGGUGAAUCCAAGACCACAGCGCAGCACCAGCACCAGCAGCAACACCAGCACCAGCAACAAGCCGAACAGACACAGACUCCAGCGUUGCCGAAGAAGAAGGGGCUCUUUGCGAGAUUUGGAUCUGAGCACACCCAUGAGACGACCGAUGCAGCGCAUACUGCGAACAGCAACGCGACGUCAUCAUGGAGUUUCCUGCCUGGGGCGUCGAGAAAGAGGGCGCAGAGCGGGCAGGGAGCGGAGUUGGGGGCCAUGCCUUUCCCUGUUGAUAGGUCGGGGGCGAAUGGGGGUGCGGUUGAGGUUGAUGCUUAA